AAUUAUUGUUGCGAACGCCGUAUCCUCGAUGGAAUUGUCGCUCGCUCAGACUGUCGUCGAGACUGAGUUGAAAGAGCGCCACUGUCUCAUCACUACCUAUCGCUACUGAUUCCUACUUGUUAUUAACUUGCCCCGGAAUCCGGUUAACGGAGGCUGAAUGCGGGGAAAGACGCCCAGGGAGAAUGCCGUUCGAUAGCCCUUGUGACAGUUGUGCUCUUCGCAGAGUGAAAUGCGACAGACAGUUUCCCUGCCACCCGUGUCUGUCACGGUCCCAGGAUUGCACGUACCUGCGGAUCCGCAAGAGACCGGGUCCGAAAGGUCCACGGCUGGGAACAAGUCUGCGGAUCAAGGAGAUGCAGAGGAAAUACUUGCAUGAGCGUAUGCCGGCGGCGAUAUUGGGGAUAUCAGCGACUGUUUCGAGCAGUGACGCCGGUCAACAGUAUCGGAUCCCAUUAUCCGCGUACCUCGCUCAGCUCGAUGUCUUUCAAACCCGGCUGUACAACACUUGGCCGAUAGUGUCGAUCGACGACUUGAAAGUCAGGCUGGUACAAGGAAGCACGGAUAUGACGGUCAAUGCUCUCGCGGCUGCGGUAUGUGCGGCAGCCAUGGCCCAGUUGAGGAUCUUCCAUGCUGUGUCGCCAGGCGAGGCCUCCGCGGUGUCCGUUCAAGACUUUGCGAGGGAAUGUCUGCAUUUCCGGGAACAGUCUGACUAUCUUCGGAAACCAUCACUUGACGCUUUACUCACAUCACUGUUUUUGCACAUGUUUUAUGCCAAUACGGGUCAGAUUGUGGCUGCCACUCUCGCGCUGCGAGAGGCCAUUGCAUAUACGCAUCUCCUGAAUCUCGGGGCUCUUGCGACACUGGAUCUGUGUGGUCCAGAGGACAGGAAACUGAGACUGCGAGUGUAUUGGAUUUUAUUUAUAACAGAAAGGACAUUCUGCAUUCAACACAGUCUUCCUAUGACUCUCCAACGAGCAGAAGAUACCCCCGAAAUCCUGAUGGAAGACAGUCAGUUCCCUGGCCAGAAAGGCUUCUCAGCUCUCAUUCAGCUAUUUUCCCACAUUCACAACAGCCUCCUUCCCUCACACUGCUUGACGAUGCCAGACAUGUCGCCCACUACAUACUCACGAACACAUAUUCUUGACAUCCACCGCCAGAUUCGCCAGAGCGUGCCGCCCUUCCGCUCCAUGCCUGAAGCGCAAUCCGUAGAUAUUGUGGCCACUUCUGCCUGGAUCCGGUCUCUCCUUUGGCAGUACUCUGCCUUCCACUUUAUGCUUUCCUCCUCUUCUACAGUUGAAACGUUGGCCAUUGAUUACCCAUUCACCAUCACCAAGGACUUCUUAGAGUCCCUUUCAGGGAUAUCAGAGGACUCUAUCCGUGCGCACGGUUAUGGGAUGGAAAUCAAACUCCUACAAAUCUCGAACGCCGUACUAGACAUCUUCUCCUGUGCUCCUCACCUUAUUAAAUUUGAAGCCUUUAGAUGCGGUCCACAAGACGCCAUUCUAUCCCUAGAGAAACUCCUACUGUCUGUUGGAGGAACGGGGUCCGAACAGCUUAAACUGCUACGUACGCGUAUGUCCCAGACGGGACUCUGGUCUCAGUCUCUUCGAAGUUUGCAUUUUCCGGAUGCAAUCAUUGGGGUGCAGGGAGAUGAGUCUCAUCACCACCCCCUCUCGAAUAUAGAAGAGCUAGAUGCGGAGUGUCUAGUGAUAGGGGAGAACAUGGGCUCUGUCUCCUAAAGUCAUCUAAUCAUUAUCAGUGUAUAGGAAACCGUAGGAUUAGGCCUGGUGACACUCAACCACAAGUCCCCAACGCCCUAUACUACAUAUAGUAUCUCUCUAGGAGUGUAAGGGAGCAGAUCUUUGAACAUCUGGGUCAUGCUUUACCUAAGGAUCCAUUCUUGCCCAUAGGAGAUGGUUUAGUAGGCUUCGUUGUAGAAGGCUUUUUCAAUCUCCUCGAAUAUGUCCCCAAAACACGCGUCACAGGAUCCCAUUCUUCCUCGUAUGAAUUCCAGAGCGCGAUAUAUUUUCUGGAGUCGAGCAAUCUGAAAGAUGUCGUCACUCUUGUGUGUGC